GAAGAAGAGGUGACAAAUAUCUCCUCUAAGUUGGCAACCAUUGAAAAAGUGCUGCAUGAUGCAGAGAGACGAAGGCUGAAGGACAGAAGUGUUGGAAUUUGGCUAGAAAAGCUCGAGGACAUAACAUAUGAGAUGGAUGAUGUGCUGGACGAAUGGAACUUCAAGAUUCACAGAGCAAAGAAUGAGGGAACUAGUCAGAAUGCCAGAAUGCAGCCUACACUGCAGAACAAGGUUCGUUCCUUUAUCCCAUCCCUUUGUUCUUGUCUCAAACAAGUUCCUGUGCGUAGUGAUAUAGCUCAGAAAAUAAAGAAAAUAAAUGAACAGCUAGAAUUAACUUUGAAAGAGGCAGAUCAAUUCAAGUUUAUUACAAGUGGGGGGAUUCCUGAUUCUCAAGAUUUUCAGCGAAUUAUGACUACCUCAAUCAUAGACGAAUUAGAGGUCUAUGGUCGAGCAGCUGAUAUGGAGAAGGUUCUUGACCAAAUUUUGUCCAAGAGUAGUAGUCAAGGAAGAGAUGGGGUUCAAAUUAUCUCUGUUGUAGGGGCCGGGGGUAGUGGAAAAACCACACUUGCCCAGCUGCUCUUCAAUAAUGAUAAUGUGAAGAACCACUUUGAACUUAGAAAUUGGAUCUGCAUAUCAGAUCCUUUCGACCAGAAAAGGGUCGCGAAAGCUAUCCUUGAGAAUGCUGGAAAAAGUUCUCAUGAAGCAGAGUUGGAUCCGUUGAUCCGACGUAUAAAAGAAACUUUUUCCGGCAAGAGAUUCCUGCUUGUCCUAGAUGAUGUUUGGACAGAGGACGACUCAAAGUGGAAACCUUUCAAAGACUCUCUUAAGGAUGGGGCUCCCGGAAGUGUAAUCUUGGUAACAACAAGGAGUCAUAGAGUGGCCACAGUGGUGGGAUCGACUGAUACUCACGACCUAGGCAUGAUCUCUCACUCUGAUUGUUGGUUAAUAAUGCAAAAGAUAGCGCUUGCCAGAAAAUCAGGGGACUUAUGCAAGAAGGUGGAAAGAAUUGGGCAGAAAAUUGCAGAAAAGUGCAAGGGCUUGCCACUUGCAGCAAAGACUAUGGGAAGCUUGUUACGGUUCAAAGAUACCGUACAGCAGUGGCAGAAUGUUUUGGACAGUGAGAUAUGGCAAUUGGAGGAAGCAGCCGUGGAACUUUUCCCUCAUUUGUAUUUAAGCUAUAACGAGUUGUCCCCGGAGCUGAAACGUUGCUUCUCAUAUUGUGCUGUCUGGCCCAAAGAUUGUGUGAUAAAUGUAGAAGACCUUAUUAGGCUGUGGAUAGCACAAGGUUAUGUUCGCCCAGGACGAAGAGGUGAGCGCUUGGAGCUGGUGGGCCGUGAGUACUUCAACAAUUUGGCGAUGCGUUCCUUUUUUCAAAAUUUAGGAAAAUAUGGUCAUGAAUAUGGCGAGUGCAAGAUGCAUGACAUAGUGCAUGAUUUUGCACAAUUUCUCACAAAAAAUGAAUGUCAUACACUUGAUGGAAUUGGAAGAAAUUCAUCUAGUGAAAGACCACGUCAUCUAACAAUUUGGGAAGAAGGCACUGAGGAGGAGAUGUUUAGUUCUCCAGUCGUUGAUUUUGGAAGGCUCAGGAGCUUUUUUGCUUUUGGUCGAAUUGGAAGAGUAAUAGUUCCCCAAAAUCUGUUUUGCAGUUUGAAGUGCGCGAGGACUCUGGCUUUAAGUGGUUGUGGGCUAGCUGAAAUCCCAACCGAGAUCGGAAGGUUGAUUCAUCUUCGGCACUUGGACUUAAGUGAUAAUCCUUUCAUUACAAUGCCAGAAGCUAUAUGUGAUCUAUAUUAUCUGGAAACUUUGGAUAUCGGUUUUUGUGGAAAGCUUUCGUGCCUUCCUGAAAGGAUUGAAGACCUUGUACACUUGAGGCACCUUAUCAAUGACGCGACCGAUGAAUUACGUCAAAUUCCACAAGGACUCGGGAAGCUGACGUCACUCUGUAGUUUGACUCGGUUCAUCGUCAGGUGCAACUCUGAUGAUUUGGCAAUUCUGAAGGACCUGAACCAACUGGAAAUAUUGCACGUUGUAAUUGAAGGAGAAGUAGAUUUUGGGAGUGCGGAACUUGGCAAGAAAGUCAAUGUGCGUGACAUGUAUUUGCUCUCUAGAUUCGAGGCCCACUUUAUAGAAACUCCAUGUUGCAUUGAAACCAUGGAACCACCUCCAAACUUGGAAGAACUUGAGCUAGCUGGCUAUCCAAGAGCCCAGUUACCAAGUUGGCUUGUGACGAAGUCUCACGCCGAUAACUUGACAAAGCUAGUUAUUGCUAGGGCCCGCAACGUCUCAUCCUUACCUGCCUUGUGGAAGCUAUCAUCCCUAGAAGUGCUUGUGCUCACGGAAGCGGAAAAGAUGGAAUGUUUGGGUAAGGAAUUCUUCGGAGUUACAAAAGCACUACAUGAAAAUAGUCGUGAUGCUCUUGAUACAUUGUCAGACUCCGAGUCAUCAUUCUCAGCUGAAGCAGUGGCAUUUCCAAAUUGAGAAGUUACAUUUUCGCCGCUUCCAAAAUUGGACAAAUUGGGAAGACUUAAGUGAAGAUGAUGAAGAAGUUGCUGUCUCUAUCAUGCCACAUCUAGAGGAGCUAAAAAUUUGGGACUGUGAAAAGCUUGAGAUUUUGCCACAUCGCAUCCUCAGGAUAUCUCUCAAAAACUAGAAAUUAGUCAAUGUACAAAGCUCGAGACUCUGCCACAUCACAUCCUCGCAAUACAUCAUCUCUCAAAAAUUUGGAUAUUCGACGUUGCGACAAGUUGAGGGAUCGUUAUUCUGACAAAACAGGAGAUGACUGGAUAAAGAUAUCACACAUUCCUCGAGUUCACAUAUCUGACGAAUAUUAUUAAUCUGCUCAGAUGAUAAUCAUUGAUGGCUCAAAAUGAAGCUACAGCAGAAGGCAUUGGGGAUCAAUCUCUACGUCAACUUUUCACUUGGGUUCAUGUAAAAUUUCAAAUAAUUGUAAAUAUGGUUGAAGAGGCACAUCCAGUUGCUUUGUUCAAAAUCAUUUGCUGAAAGCAUAUGUACCCUUACAAAUUUCCAGAUUGAAUUUCAAGUGAUUACAC